AUGCUCACCACACAGCCUGGGGAAGCACCAACAUCAACGAAAGAGAUCAUUGCAGGUCAGUGCCUAGGCAAUGGACUUAAUAGCAAUUUGUUAACGCCGGGCCAAGUAGCUACUGAGGGUAUGGGUUGGGGAGGUGCAGGAUUUGGAUACGGAGCCCCAUUUGUUGCUCCUUACGCACCAGCUCCCUUGAUUGCUUCCGAAUGGACACCUUUAGGACCAGCUACAGUUCCUUCAUCGAAUGGUGGUGGUUUCAUUGUAAGAAGUUCCUCCCCUAUCCCGCCUAUCGGUGUCUCUGUUAUCUCGGACAAUGAGUACGCAGGUCCUCUAGUCGUUGAUGGACAGCUACCAUUCUUAGGUACUGUCGGGUUGGAGGGGGCUCUUUUAAGUACAGGAUCGGGAACUGUUUCAUACGGUUGCGGUAAUGGUAACGUUGGAAUUGUGAGUGAGAACAUUCUCCCCUCAGCAGCAGAAAUAGGAUACGGUAAUGGUUUAACUCCUGGUUUUGGAUUUGGUCCUGGUUUUGCUACACCCACCUAUGGAUAUGGACCGGGAAAUUUUGUUCUAAACGGCCUCAAUAAAUGUGAGGGUGUACAAGGUGCUUAA